AUGUCUCAAGAAGAUAUCAUUCAAGAGCAUAAUAAUAAGGAGACAAAUUUGUCCGAUUUAUUCACAUCAAAUGAAAUUUUGGAUAAUAUUCAAAUAUUUGACUCAACUGUCGAAGUAAUAGGCUUUGUUGAUGGGAUAGAAUCGCCCCGUAUUGUUGGAAGCAACCAACAAUUUAAAAUUUUCAAAUUUUACUUGAAUAAUGGAAGCAGAAGGCGUAUUCAAAUUGUAGCGUGGAACGAAGAAAUCGAAACUAUUUUACCCUAUGUAAUUCCAAAUAAAAUUGUUCAUUUGGAUGGUGUUCAGACAAGAGUACCAAAAAUAUCAACCUUUAACAAUGGUAAUAUGCCAUAUGAACUUUUAAUUCGUACUAAUACUGUGUUAUCACAUUUGGGUGACUACGAGCCGAGUCAAAUAGUAAACACACCAAUUGAAGUCAAACUAAGUGAUAUUUUAAAUAUCUCAGGAAAUAUUCGUAUUUCUUCGAAGAAAGAACGAAUUAAGGAUGAUAAUACAGCAUUGAAAGAUGUACAACUCGAGUCAUCUACCGAGAACAUCCAUAAGCUGCAGAAAGCAGAAGUGUUAGAUGUUAACGUGAAUCGUUGCUCCGCCUUGUAUCUCGCAUACGAUUAG